CUUGAUCCGAAGAGCUCCGACAGUCCCAGAGGAGACCUGCUGGAUCUCAGAGACCAGGACCGAGAGCGGGAUGGAGGAGGACAACCAGGACCCGGAGCCCCGGAGCAACAACGUCCCCGGAGGACAAACAGCAGGCUCGAGCUCUGAUAGCACCGAUGUUCAGAAGCGGAGAAAAAGAGAUGGACUCGGACGUCACAGCUGUCCAUUCUGUGACAAAUCCUUCGCAAAAUCUGAAUAUUUAAGUAUUCAUCUGAGACAUCACACUGGCAAGAACCUACACACCUGUGAGCAGUGUGGGAAAACAUUUGCUAGAGCUGAUAGGUUGGUUAACCACCGACGUGUUCACACUGGAGAGAAACCAUACAGGUGUGAUCUGUGUGGGAAAACGUUCGCCACAUUUGCUAGGUUGGAUGUCCACCGACAUGUUCACACUGGAGAGAAACCGCACAGGUGUGAUCUUUGUGGGAGCACUUUCACCACCUCGGAGAACCUGAAAAUCCACGGACGUGUUCACACCGGAGAGAAACCGUACAAGUGUGAUCUGUGCGGGAAAGAUUUCAGUACAUCAAGUCAAAUGUCAAAACACAGACGCGUUCACACUGGAGAGAAACCGCACAAGUGUGAACAUUGUGGGAAAGCUUUCAGUAGAUCAGAUGAAUUAAAAACCCACCGACGUGUUCACACUGGAGACAGACCGUACUGCUGUGAACAGUGUGGAGCGUCUUUCAGUAGAUCUGAUCACUUACAAAUCCACCGACGUAUUCACACGGGAGAGAAAUCGCACUGGUGUGAACAGUGUGGAAAAGCUUUUAUUACAUACAGGUUGGUGCUGGAAUAAUCUGAGCUGGACACUUGAGACUUGGACUCGAGUCCUUUUCAAUGUUCUCAUUAAAGGAGUCGACACAAAGAGAAGCUUUGACUCUUGGUUUGAAACUGGACCUUCAAUCAACUGUUUCCUUUCAACAAGAUUUGUUGUGGCUUCAGAAAAUGUGACAAAUUGUGACGGGUCCAAAAUCUAAAGACAGCAGCUUCCAGCAUCUUCUAAAUCCUGCUGCUGUAGAAAGUUCUGACAUGUGGUUUAACUUGACUCUUAACUUCCUGUCAGUGGUUCUGAUUUCCUGCAGCUGCUGACUUCUCUGUGUCUGUAGAAAUAAAGUUUGUUUGACUGCA